AUGGGCGUACCGCGAGUUCCGAGCACUGCCGCAGCCGAGCUUGAGCUCGAGCGAGCGAGGCGACCCCACCUGUUGAUCGUCGACGACUCGAGGGAAACACGCGCGGGAGUAGGGAGAGCCUGGUCACCGGAGAGCUUGGAGGGACCUGAGUCCAGCGUGCGUGGCAGCUCAUUGGACUACGUGGCAGCCGUCCUGUUGGCUGCAAUGGCGGCGGUACUGCUGGCUGCCGUGGGCUACCACUGCGCUGCAACUUGGCGUUGGAUUAUGGGACGGUCCAGGCGUGAAUCUGAGGACAGCAACUGUGACUCGCAGUCCCGCCAAGCGGCGAUCCGCAUCAGCCACUCCCUGCCCGACCUGCAGACCGAACCUCUCAAGCAGGAGUACGUGCAGGAGCAUAAGGAUGCCGGCAAGAAGGUACUUCGCCAGACAACGCUGCCCAUCGUCCCCACACGCCACCAAACCUUCCAGCGUCAACUUUCUCAUCGCCUGGACCUCCCGUCGAUUCAAUUCAGCAUUUGCAGCCUGGAACGUGCCGAUUCCUCUAUUGGGCUGAUAAAGCCUGAGCUGUACAAAAACGAAUUGGUCCGCCAAUCAUCAACUGACAGCGGCGAGCUCGAGUUUUGCGGGAAGUUGCACUUCGCUCUGAAAUACGACCAGGAAGUGGAAGCUCUCGUAGUGAAGAUAUUCGAGGCCCGUGACUUACCUAUCAAGGACGUAUCAGGAAGCAGCGAUCCAUACAUCAAGGUUUUCCUUCUCCCGGAUCGCAAGAAGAAGUUCCAGACCAAAGUUCACCGCAAGAACCUUAAUCCGGUGUUCAAUGAAACUUUCCUAUUCAGCGUCCCAUACGAGGAAUUGCGUCAGCGUUAUCUACAGUUCUCUGUGUAUGACUUCGACCGCUUCAGCCGGCAUGAUUUGAUUGGUCACGUUGUACUGAAAGGGCUUCUCGAAUCUGCCGAUUUGACGCAGGAGAUUGAGUAUACGAUGAACAUAUUGGCGGCACCGCAGGAAAAGAAGGAUUUGGGUGAACUGAUGCUUUCGUUAUGCUAUCUACCGACUGCUGGUCGGCUUACUGUGACGGUUAUAAAAGGCAGAAAUUUAAAAGCUAUGGACAUAAAUGGUUCUUCUGAUCCAUAUGUGAAGAUCUGCCUGAUCUGUCAAGGUAAACGGAUCAAGAAGAAAAAAACAACAGUUAAGAAAAACACUCUCAGCCCAGUAUACAACGAGGCUUUGGUUUUCGACUUGCCUUACGAGAACGUUUACGAUGUCACUCUAUUAGUCAAGGUCAUUGAUUACGACAUGAUUGGCCCCAAUGAGUUAAUCGGUUGCACAGCUAUUGGAUCUACUCUGAUUGGAAUCGGACGUGACCAUUGGCUGGAGAUGUUGGACAAUUCGAGGAAACCGGUGGCACAAUGGUACCCUCUGAAUAAAAGCUUGCCGACCAACAUCGACGUGCCAACAAAUGAUCAACAGAAUGCGGGUUUGAGCUGCCUAAAUGGAAGA